AUGAGAACCUCGUCCUUUUUUUGGUCCUCAUCUUCCUCUUCCUCCUCUUUCGCUGCCACCGCCACCACUACUACAUCACCCUCUGUCGAUGGCAAAGCAUACAAUUCUAAGAAUGGCAGUCCAGGGUGUCUUAUGGGGGUAUUACGCCGGCUUCUUUGCCUUAAUAGUCUUCCAACACACCCUCGUAAUCAUUUCAAAGAAGAGGAAAAACAGCCUUUAGUCAGUGACAAGUUACAGUUCGUGGAAGAAGCAAACUACCCCGAGGACUUCAACACGCCAGGAGUAGUGGCUAGGUUAAUGGGAUUAGAAUCACGCCCACAUAUUACGGAGAAAAGUCCCAAUUCAAUUGGGCGAAGCCAGUCAAUGAAUGCCAUACAUUCAUUGACGAAUUUGAAGUCAAUACAAGGGAGCAGACGACACGUUAAGAGCUUUCGUGAAAUUUCUAGCUAUAAAGAGCUAGAAGAUGAGAGCUUUUUCAUUAUUAGCUUUGAGAAUGCAGGCGAAAUUUGGCAAGGAAUGAAAUCAGACACGAAUUCUUGUGAGAAGAAGCAAAGAAAGAAAGCUAUUUGCAAGAACAAUAGUAGAGAGAUUAUGCAAGAACAGAAUAAAGAAAAUCAAGAUGCAAAUAAAGUUCCAAAAGGCCAAAAGCAGGAUAACUUCAUUGAUUCUGAAAAGAUUUACAGCGACUGUGAGGUUAGGGAUCCAUGUAAUGUACUUAAGAAUUCCUGUCAAAAGUCAUAUCUUGUUUACGAAUUAGUUGACUCUGCUCACAAAGGAAGAGGAAGAACAAGAAUAAAGAAAGCUAAAUCCAAGGUAACCAAAUUGGGGACAGGUUGUGAUUCAAAUGAUUCAAGCCCGAAUUCUGUUCUUGUUCUUGAUUUAGCUGAAGUCCCACUUGAACCUGAUCCAGACUCUCCUAAUUCAGUAGGGAAAGUUUCAAGUUCAGCAAAUUCAAAAUCCAGGACAUUAUCAGAGGAACUUGAGAAUUACAGAAAGGCAGAGAAAAGAAGGUUGAUCAGAGAUGAUUAUGAUACUAAGAGAAGUAAAGAGAAGUGGGAUGAAGUUUGCCAACUGGUUGAAAGGGAGACAUCACAAUCCAAUUGGAUAUUCAAAGAGAUAUUAAAGGAGGCCGAAGAUUUCGAAGCGAUUGGAAGAUAUUUGGGUCUACAAAUUCUUGAUGGACUGUUGGCUGAGCUACUCAGCAACUUGGAAAUUCCGAUGAAAAGUUUAGACCUACCACCUUAA